CAACUUCCGGUUCCCCCUCAGAACAUACCGGAAAGCAGAGUCGGGCGGUGAGAGAAGCGGAUAGCAAUGAUGGUGAUGGCGACACAGGAGCCGCCGCGGUGUUGCGGUUAUUUCAGUAUCCGCUCGGUGGUGCUGGGGGUGGCGGUGUAUUACGUGUUCCUGAGCCUGCAGUCUCUGGUAUGGCAGACGGUGGCGGUGGUGAAAUGCGGCGGGGUGUGUCCCGGACCUCUCAGCUCGCCGGGCCCGGUGGCUGUGAUGUACUCUCUGGCCUUCGUACUCCUCUUCCUCAGCCUGUGUCUGCUGUUCGGAGUCCUCCGUCGCCGCCCCGGCCUACUGCUGCCCUUCCUGGCCUUUCAGAUCAUCGACUUCCUGGGCUCUCUGCUGCUCUUCUGCGGCCUCUUCGUGCGCUUCCCCUCCGAGCUCCGUAUGGUCAGCACUAGGCCCUACCUACCCGGCCUGGACGAGCAGGACAAAUCGGCGGUGGCCGGGGGCUCGGUGCUCUUCAUCGCCCUGUCCCUGCUUCUCCUCCUGCUGAAGAUCUACCUGAUCCGCUGUGUGCUCACCUACUACCGAUACCUGCUCACCAGGGUCAGCAUUCAGCCAGGGGAGCCCGACGGCCUGGCUCUGAUCGUAGUGCCCACCGGUCAGGAGAAGAACCCCCUGCUUCUUCCUUCCUACGAAGAGGCCAUCAACAUGCCUGCCAAGGACAGCCCACCGCCCCCCUACAGUCAGGCCAUACCGGCCGAGCCCGAGAAGGAGGGUAGCUCAUAAGAGGCCCAUCUGGAUCCGGGUAUUAGGAGGACUCUCCUUCACCCAGCAGGCAUAUGUCUGAUUCUAAUAGGACACCAUGGAACUCCUACACCCCCCCCCCCCCAAUUACACAGGAACCCCUGAUCAGGGCCUAGACCAGACUUGUCCUACAAGUUCAUACAUGCAGCCCCUCAUCUCGUGGGCACCCCAGUCAGCUCUACUACAGGACCUGUCCUACUUCACCAAUGGAGCUCCCCUGUUCAGGGCUAAGACCUGCCAUCCUAAUCAGCUGUGCUCUAGGACCUGUCCUACAUUAUAAAUGAAGCACCCCUGAUCAGGACUUUAGGACUUGUCCUCCUUUCAUACAUGAAAGCCACCUCAUCACAUGGGCACCCCUGAUCUGCUGUACUCUGGGACCUGUAUUACUUCAACAGUGGAGCCCCUGAUCGGGACCUAGACCUGUCAACCUGAUCAGCUGUGCCCAAGGACCUGUCCUCCUUCAUAAAAUGGAGCCCCCUGAUCAGCUGUGCUCUAGGACCUGUCCUACAUCAUACCUGGAGCACCCUAAUCACACAGCCACCCCUGAUCAGGAUCUGCACCAGGACUCUAAGACUUGUCCUCUUCAAACAUGCAGCUCCCUGAUCACACGGGCACCCCCUGAUCAGCCGUACUUAGGCCUAUCUUCAUCCAUGGAGCCCCUGGUCUGCUGUACUACUACAUAUGUGGGAGGGGUGCCCAGGAACACACCACUUCAUUUUCAUGGACUCCUUCAGUUAUGACCUCAGUCACACCAUUUCGUCCAGCAGAUGUCCGAUCUUCAUCCAUUCAGUGACUUCCGUCCUCUGAAACAACUUUGUGUAGUUGUUGGUAGAAGGGAGAAAUUGCUCCUCCUUGGCAUAGCCAUGGUAGAUCUGUUUUUACAGCUGUUCUGGCUAGUGAUGCAAAUAGUCUGCCCUCCUGUUUUUACCCACACUUUACUCAGCUGUUUUAUAAUAGGAGUUUUAUGAUGGUGUACAGGGGACCAUUUGCUGGGACCCUGCAGUGAGUCAUGCUAGACAUGGUGCUCAUCUCUAGUGACGCUAUUAAAGCUGGCUACACACUGUGUAUAUUUCAGCAGGUUCCUGUGGCCAUGCUGGCCUGACUUCAGUCAAUGGAAGUUGUUUGAUCAACUUUUGUUGAAGGAGCCUGCUGGGAAAUUUCCAGCUGAGCAGCAGCUGUAUGAAAUCAUGUGCAGCUCCUGCUCAGGUAUUUGAAAUACAUUUUGGUGCAGCAGGAGAUUCGUUCAUCCACACUGUAUAGCAUGGACGGAGGAAUCGGUGUCCCCCUCCCCCCAUUCUGUUUUAGCCCACAGGCUUAAAACUGUAUUUCCUGCUUUAUAGUCAGGUGACUGUUAUAAGAGCAAUCAUUUCCCUGAUUUUGCAUGCAGCUGAAGCAAUCGGUCUGAUUUGGCAGAGAUUUUCCAUAAUACUAUGCAAUUCUUUUGAAAUGAGGAAAUGAAUAGUCUUGUACAAUUGUCUUGACUGUUCUAGUUAUCGGCAGAGUUUUUCCUUGUGCAGAUUGUUCUGAACAGUGUUGUAUAAGGAACAAAAGCAAUUACCGGGACAGAGUAUACUUUAAGACUGUAUCCUGCACGCAAAGUAACAGCUGCUAAUAUAUUUAGCCUUAAAGUGUUUAAGGCAUUUAUUAUAAGUCUAUGCCUCUAUUAGAGUUGUAUUUAAAAAUGAGUGCUGUAAAUACUCACUAUCGGCUGUCUUCAAGCCGGUCCCAUCACUCGUGGCCGCUUUCCGGCUCUAUAGUCUGUGGAAGGGGCCAUGAUCUCCCUCUGAUGUCAGAGGGAGAUCAUGUGGUCGUCUCCUCCGCAGAAGCCAUCCAUCAGAGCUGGAAAGUGGUCACGUGACUGGCCUGAAGACAGCUGAUAUUCAGCAUUUACAGUUCUCAUUUUUAAAUACAACUUACAUUGUGCUAUGCCAGCCUCUAAUAGAGCAGCUGGCAGUGACAAAUUUAAUAAAAUAAUGGCAGCGGGGUGGCCGGAGACAGACAGGGCGCUGACAGGGAGGAAGGAGGGGGGAGAGCAGGGAGCCUAUCACAGAGGGAGGCACUUUUGACCACAGUGAAAAGGGCGGAGCUGCCCUGUUUAUCGUGGUCUGUUUAGAGAGUGACACACAGGAAGUGGUAGGUUUAGUUUUUUUUUUUUUUUUUUUUUUUUUUUUUUUUUUUACAAGGGGGGUAGAUUACAUAGCACAAGCGCUGUGCUGUGUAAUCUGCUUUAAGGGACCAGAAUCUACUUUUUUGGGGGGUUAAACGCUUUAAACAAUAAGUGCACUUUCUAACAAGUUGCACCUAUUUUAAAUGAUCACCAGUCCGCUUACAUCUGUAAUAUGUUAUGUUUUACACCCUGGAUAUAUCUGUAAACCCAACCCAUUUAAUCUUACCCCACCCCCCACCACCACAAAUUUAUACUUUCAGACAUUAAUGGCUGUGGCCUCUGUUUACAAGCAGCGGUGAAAGGUUCCCUCUCCUGGCCAUGCCUGAUCAAUAUAGAUGUCAAUGGGCCUCAUUUGCCCCCAUCUCCUGCCUGAAAGACAGCCCCAUAGAAUUCUAUAUGGUUGUAUUGUGCUGACGCUGCCAGUAGAGGGAGCCUUUCACCGCCAGAUGUAAACAGUGGAGACUGCAGCUAUCAGUUUGCCAUAGGUCAGCGCACUUUGUCUGAAAGUGUAGUUACUCUUUAAUCAUAGCUUAAAGUUGUGUAAACAAACACAUUAUCAGUUGUUACCUUAGUGCAGGUUGUGUUCUAAUACAGCAUCAUUGGAGCAGAUGCUGUGUGUCAGCAAUUGCUUUUGCUAACUCUAUGCAGUCCUGGGAGAGGGAUUUUACAUUACGCACUUCAAGGAUGGAGUGUGGAGGGGGCGAGAUAGGAGUUUGAGCUGUGUCCAGUGUUUGCUCAGUGUUGUGUAAGGCCCUGCUCAUAUAUAGAUGUGUAUCUGUAAGGCAUGACCAUUUAUAAAGAACACAUUUUGUGUUAGAAGUGCAGAUGUUGCAUAAUCGUGGUGUGAUGCUGAAUCAUGCAUACAAGUGUUGGCACCAUACUUUAUUUUUUUAUUUGUUUUCAGAUGUGAGAACAUAGAGGAAAACAUUGAGCUGUGAACAGGGUCAUAAGUGGUUUGCCUGAAUUGUACAGAGUAGUGAAAUUAUCCAUGCACAUGUGCACUAUAAAAUAAGUAUUGUCAUGGACAAUAUAUGUUGUCCAGUAAGAACUUGUCAUUCUCUUCCUUUUUGUGGAUCUGAGAAGGGAAUCUUCCUGUUGUCCGAGAUGAGUCUUUCUUUACACACUUUUAUAAAUAAGGGCCGUGACAGGUCAUUGAAAGUAGUUGAUGGCAAAUGUUGGUCAGGGAAUAUCUAAUGUACAGGAAUUUUAAAUGUUUUUGUUCAUGGUGUCCUCUUUGUUCUUUACCUGCAAUUUCCCUUUUUUCACAUUAGUAACUUGUGCCUUGUUUUAAGCAGAUUUCCCUGAUCAGUACUGUGUAUAGGGUUUAAUAAAAACAUAGGUGCAGCAUGUAAUCCCUCCAUGGAUAUGUGACGGAAUUGGAUUAAAGAUCUGCAUGGGAAGUCACCAGCGCCUAAUGUUUAAUAUUGACACUUUAUUUUUUAAGUAGCUUUUUGUUUAAUGAUAUUGUUGAAUUGUCUGGCUUACAAUCAGAUUGUUUUUAGUGUUUUUUUCUUUAGUGAUCAAUGAGAACUCAAUGGUGACAUGGCUAAUUAAAUCAGUGUUGAUUAUAACUUGCAUUUUCCUUGUUUUAAACGACAACCUUUCUCACUCUGCCUACUACUGUGGCAGUUUCACUUGCUGCCUGCGCACACAAAGCUGUCCAAGCCUGCUUUGCACCAAAGAAUGUUUCCUAUAAACAUGGUGGCAAUAUGUACAACUUCAAAAUAAUAAAGCAACUUUUAACAUUC